AACACAAAUCAAAUGGCGGAAGCCUCCAGCCUUCCUGAGGAAAUAUGGUUUCAUAUAAUUGUGUACCUUGUACAUAUACAGGAUAUUCUUAAUUUAGGAUGUACGAGUAGAAGACUGUUGGAAAUAACAAAUCAAAAUGUUGUAUGGAAAAGACGUUUCAAAGGUAACAAUGAUCACUUGCUACAACUUCAUCUUAACACUCGCUAUGACGAAGUCGCCACUUCGAACGAGCUGAACGAGGAAAGUGCAAACUUUGAUGUGAAGCCAGGAUUCUGGAAGAAGUUGUAUCUUAGAGCCAGUCAUGCUCUCUCAUUUAAAAACAGGAGAAGGGGAUGGUUUUCCAGUGUCGAAGGGGAAAGACUGUGCGCGGAAUUUGUAACCAAUCCGAGAGGACCUGAAAAUAGACGUGCGAUAAAUGGAAUUCGAUUUGACGACCGAGCACCGAAAAAGCAAAGCAUAGAACUAUGGGUGAAACUUAACACGAAGAAACCAGAUGGGAUAAUUAUUGGAUGCCAGAGUGAAUCAGUGAGGACAAGCAGGUGGCCUCAAUAUCACUGGCAGAUACUUCAUGUAGGUCCAGAUGGUCACAUUAGAGGUUCCCUAGAACCCUACAAGUACAUGAAAGGACCUUGCAUAAACAAUGGACAGUGGCACCACAUUGCACUGGCUGCGUCUUCAGACUGGCAGUGCAUGUUUGUAAAUGGACGCAAGGUUUGCUCAAUAAAUUUUGGAAUUGGACAUGAACUUCACAGACAUUACAUGAAAUAUAGUCAGAUUGGUAAUGGUGUUAUCAGUCAUGGAGUGUGCACACCUUGGAGUGAUGAUGCCAUGCCUCGAGGCCAUUGUGGAUGGUAUCCUUUCAAUGGUUUGGUAAGAGAGGUCCGCAUCUGGUCUUGCAUGCUGUCAGAAUCUACAGUGUGUCGAAACAUGCAUGUACAACGAAUUGACCUGGCUCAGUCAAUAUCACAUGGCCACGACAGCAAUGCUCUGAUUGGCUACUGGCCUAUGAACAGACUUAUGUCUGGCCCAUGGCCAUGGCAAGGAUCUCUAGUAUCUUGUACAUCCCACUUGGAAUCACACAGGGAGAAGCAUGUACAGCUAUGUAUUGUAUGUGCCAGUUUAGUAUGACACUGGCCUCACUCAAAAUGAUUAAAUCAAUCAGUGAAUUUAUCUUUAUUCACUUUGCCAUGUUGAUACAGUAUAGUGAAACGUUGUUGUAAUAUAUUCAGAAAGUGAGUUAUUGUAUAUUAAGAAAUUGAGUAAUGGUAAGGAAAUUAUUUCUUAUCUUUAUGCUCCAUCUACAUCAGUUUUAGUUAAAACUUGUAGCAUUUUGUAUACUUCAAGUGACCGUCAUCAGGUUAUACUAGAUUCUAGUAAAGACUCCAUGUAACCUCCUGCUUGUCACCAGAAAGAACACUUUUACUGGUUUAUUUGGGAUCAGUAGCAGGCAAGGCCUUCUCAUAGGCAGCAUAUGAUUCAUUCAAAUAGAAUUCAUUGAUGUGUGCAAGUCAAGGAAGUGACUUGAUGUCUUUGUUCAAUCCGAAUAUCAUGUCUUAUAGAUAUAUAGUGAAUGUGCAUUUAGGGCAGAGUCAUCAUAACAACUUUUAACAGAGUAAAUUGCACUAAUAAUUUCACACUCAAAUGCACAACUGAUCAAAUGAUAUUGAUCACUAUUUUUAAAAGUAUUUGAAUCAGUGUAAUUAAUAUAUGUAAUCAACUGGAUUUACGCUAACUAAAUUAAUGCUUAAUUACUGUUUUAAUUAUUUUUUAAUGUAGUUAAAUAUCCUAAUUGUGAUUAUACAAAAAUAAAAGGCUUUUUCUCACCUAUUUAAUGUAACAUAAUUAAAGGAAACGAAAUAUCCUGCACAAAGUGAGAAAGCCUUCAAAUGCGUAGAAAUCGCAAAAUAACUUUAGUUGUUUCCACUGAUUAAAAAUUAAAAUAUCUUUAAAGUUUUUGACAUGUAUGUAUCAGAUUACAAUCUAUUUUCAAUAGACGUGUUCGAUUCUGCUAGAAGAAAACAUCUUUCACAAUGAUUUAUAAUCAUCCUCCAUGAAUAGCACAUUUUUGCAACAUGGAGUUCAAUCAAAGGCUAGACCGACUGCGUCGUAGAACAAGAAGGAACCGGCAACUCGAUCGGUGAGUAAUGGAAGAGGCAGGAACUCAAGUUGGCUAGUUAGGAGAAUGAGUUGAUAACGAGUUUUUUUAGUUAGUUUUACAUGACUGUUUUUAUGUUAAAGCGGUUAAAACUUAACCGAAGACUAACAUCUGUUGAAGGAACUACGUUACUCUUUGUGCUUCGUGAAACCUUCAGCCCGAUCUCUAAAAUUUUGUCCUUUGUUAUUCGUGUUAUUCUUCCCCAUCUUUAACCAUCCUUUAUGGCUUAUUUUUUAACUCUUUGGUGUUUAUUAACAUUACAAAACAUUUCAAAGUUGCCUUCGAUUGUUUCAAGUUUUCUAUGACGUAGUUCCGUUAACCUUGUAAGCCCUAAAUAUUACCAGCGUCGUACUUCUUCUC